GCUUUGAGUUCGACAGGUCACAGGACACAGCCUUUGAGUUUUCUUUUCGCAGUGAAGAUCAAAUCAUGUGAACAUCUCUGAACCUGAAGGACAUGUGGAAUAGGAUUUCGCUGAUGUGAAGAAGAAAGUGUGGAUUAAUUUUCUUCGGGGGGUCACGCAGUUUCAUCAAAUGCUACAGGAGUGAUUUCACAAAUGCUCCAGAUGUGAUCCGAUUGCAGUGAAUGGCCUAACAGGAAAGAAAAUGGCUAAAAUCUGCACAGAACAGUCAUACCCCUCACAAAGAUCUGCCUUCACUCCUGAGCCCGCUAUUGAAUGGAUCGAGAGAGGAGAAAGCGAUCAGCCACCCCGUGGACUAAUGGGCAGGAUGUGCCAGUUCAUUCCGAGGUUUGGAGGAAGGUCUACCAAAUGUAAAGCUUCUGAAUGCAGCGAUUCUGGUGACAUGCAAAAGGAUGCAUCAUGGGAUGACAGAGGACAGGACCAACUGCACAGGAGGAACUUCAACAACAAUGCAAAUCAUUGGCCUCUUGCAACACUGAAUAUGAACAACUGCAACAAUACAGAUGACAAAAAGGACGACAGGGAGAUAAAGAAAGAUGAGAAGAAAGAAGAACCCAAAAAGGAUGAGAAGAAAGAUGAAAAGAAAGAUGAGAAGAAAGAAGAACCAAAAAAGGAUGAGAAAAAAGAUGAAAAGAAAGAUGACAAAAAGGAUGACAAAAAGAAGGAAGAGGAGAAACCAAAACAUGUAUGGAUAAUGGACCCAGCGACAGAUUUGUACUACCACUGGCUAACCAUUGUUGCAAUACCUGUCUUCUACAACCUAAUGAUGCUUAUUACCAGAUCCUGUUUUAAUGAGCUGCAGGAUGAUAACACAAUCCUAUGGUUAGUUCUGGACUAUUCAUCAGAUAUCAUCUACUAUCUUGACACAUUUGUGAGAUCAAGGACAGGUUUCUUGGAGCAAGGCUUGCUGGUGAGAGAAUCUAAGAAGCUGUGGGAACACUAUAAAAAGUCACCGCAAUUCAGAUAUGAUGUGUUCUCCAUGAUACCGACAGACAUAAUAAUGCUGAAAGUGGGAUACAACAACCCCGAACUAAGAUUUAACCGGCUUUUCAAAAUGGCUCGUCUGUUUGAGUUCUUCGAUCGCACUGAAACCAGAACCAACUUCCCCAACAUCUUUCGCAUCAGCAAUCUCGUCCUGUACAUCCUUAUCAUCAUCCACUGGAACGGCUGCAUCUUUUUCGCCAUCUCAAAAACAAUCGGCUUUGGAUCAGACACUUGGGUGUAUCCCAACAUCAGUGACCCUGAGUUUGGCCGUCUUGCCAGGAAGUACAUCUACUGCUUGUACUGGUCCACUCUCACGCUCACUACAAUCGGGGAGACGCCACCGCCUGUCCGAGACAUUGAGUAUUUAUUUGUCGUUUCUGAUUUUCUCAUCGGCGUGCUCAUUUUCGCCACCAUCGUUGGUAACGUCGGUGCCAUGAUUUCCAACAUGAAUGCAUCCCGUGCAGAGUUCCAGGCCAAGAUUGACUCCAUCAAGCAGUACAUGCAGUUCCGAAAGGUCACCAAAGAUCUGGAGGCCCGUGUCGUGAAGUGGUUUGACUACCUUUGGACGGAACAGAAGACCUGCGAUGAGAAGGAAGUGCUCAAGAACCUCCCAGACAAACUCAAGGCGGAGAUCGCCAUCAACGUGCAUCUGGAAACCCUUCGGAAGGUGCGUAUCUUCCAGGACUGCGAGGCAGGGCUUCUAGUUGAGCUUGUCCUCAAACUUCAACCGCAGGUUUUCAGUCCUGGCGACUACAUCUGCAAGAAGGGCGACAUCGGGCGGGAGAUGUACAUUAUCAAAGAAGGCAAACUAGCUGUGGUGGCGGAUGAUGGAGUUACGCAGUUUGUGGUGCUCGGUGAUGGCGCUUACUUUGGCGAGAUCAGCAUCCUCGGCAUCAAAGGAAGUAAGGCCGGAAACCGCAGGACUGCUAACAUACGUAGCGUGGGGUACUCGGAUCUGUUCGCACUCUCGAAAGAUGACUUGAUGGAAGCAUUAACCGAGUACCCAGAAGCAAAGAAGGCUUUAGAGGAGAAAGGUAGGGCUAUUCUGAUGAAAGACAAUCUUAUCGAUGAGGCUGCAGCCAAUGCUGGCGCUGACCCAAAGGACCUGGAGGAAAAGGUCUCCACGCUGGAGACAAAUUUAGACGUGAUGCAGACUAAAUUCGCUCGUCUUAUGGCAGAUUGGACAGCCAGCCAGACAAAGAUCAAACAGAGGAUCACCAACAUGGAGGCCCGAGUGAAGACUCUUAGGGAGGAGGAUUUAUCCGAGGUCGUGGAGGAUAAGAAGGACAAAUAGUUCUAUGCUGAAAUAGACUGAAUUCACAGUAUGUCUCAGGAACAUGGAUUACACAUUUACCCAUAUAGAGAAAUUUGGCAUCAUUUGAGAGGAAUUGGUGGAUCUCAAAAUAGCACAGCAGCAACAUGUACUAUUUAUAGACGAGAGAUUUGGCAUUUCACAAGACCUAAACCUAAUUUGUAAAGGCGCGUAAACAAUGACAGAUCAGACUGUUUUAGCCUCACUAAAGCUGGAUCGUCUUAAGAAGUCAUUUUGGACAACAAUGCACCAAGAUCAUCUUCUGUUUUUGGUGAUUUUGGUUCCUGAUGCUGUUGCUAUGAAGGAUUGCAGUAUCUGAAUAUCAGGUAGUGUGAUGCCUGAAAUGGUAGA